UUUAGUUAGUUUUGUCAAAUCGUGUUUCUUUUUUUUGGUUCUCGUCGCAGCCACAGGAACCCCGCAAGAACAAAGAAGUCGCGAGGGUGGCUCCGCAGAAAAUGAGCGAGGAAAAAGAAAGGAAAAAAGAGAGAAAAGCAGACAUGUGAUGGUAAUGGGAAGGUGCCUGUCGUGAAGAAGAUGGAACCGAGCAAAGCAAGGACAGGGUGUGGGUCUGCCUGACUACAGCUUCGGCGUGUAUUGGGAGACGGGUCUUUCUUUUCUUUAAUUAUCAUGUUCAUGGAGAGAGAGAGAGAGAGAGAGACAUAAACCAACCAAUGUAAUGUAAGAAGAACCAAAAACGCAAAGCAAGCCUAGAGAGAGAGAGAGAGAGAGAGAGAGAGACAGACAGACACAUACAUUUGGUAAAACAGCUCCGGGGGGAAACUUUUAAUUUUAGCUUUGGUUGGAUUCUCUGGCAUUCAAUAUCUAAAUCUUUAUGCAGUUCUUUGGUAGGAAACUGCUCCAAUAAUGACCCAUUACUUUUCCUUUCUCUGUCUCUCUCCCUACCUGGGUCCAUUUUUUCCCUAAAUUGGUGGUUACUGGCCUCCUUUUAAUUCCCUUCUUUGGUUUUGUCUGGAUUUUAUCUUCUCAUUCUCACCACCCCUCCCCUCCUUCUCCAUCCAAGGCCUUGCUUUGCCUCUUGGCAGCUGGUGUUUUCUGUUUCCAUUUCUUUUGAUUGCUGUCAAAUUCUCCUGAGAAAGUGCAGGAGUUUGUUGGGAAGCUUAGAUUAAACGCCCUUUUUCCUUUUUUUUUAUUCUUUUUUUUUUCUGGAGGCGUUGAUUUUAGAUCGGUCAGCUUGCUCUGAAGCAUCUCAAAGACAUUCUCGGAGCUGACUGUGAGAAGUGGAAGUUGAUUAGACAUAUAUAUCUCAGCCCUAAUGCAAGGGCAGAGAAGUGCCAUAAGUUCCUUGCCGGAAGCUCUUGAUAUUGAUCAUCCAUCUUCUUCUUCUUCUUCUUCAAGCAAUGGCAUGAAUAGUCAUCAGCUUUGCUGGAAUACUAUACAAAGUUCAUCAGAGAGCCAAAUUUCAAGGAGUAUGGUAUCCCCGAGUGAUCAAAUGGCAUUUUUGAACUCAGUUAGUCAUGAGCGGCAGAACCUGCUGGGCAGCAGCAUACCUGAGCGUGGUUCUAGCAGUUCAUAUCAUGAGGUUGGUGGUAGUGAGUGGAAAGCGGAACAUGGAUGGUUGUCUUCAGCAGGAUUUUCUGGUGGUUCUGGUCCGCUUAUCGAAGAUCAGCAAAGAAGUGCCAACAAUAGAAGAUUCUUAUUAGAUGAUGUCAGCGUCAAUCCGCUGAUGAUUCAAAGUUCUCGUUCUAGUUGGAUUGGGCAGAACCUAAACCUGAAUGCAGGUCAUGGCGGUGAUAGUUCUUUUUCUGAGUCUCCAAGUUUAUACUCGUUGUCUGGACUCAAUGAUCAGCAAUUUCCUCCCGCUGGUUGCUCUGAUCCUUUCAUGAUACCUCCAGGGAACGGUAAAUGUAUUGUGGGAGAAAAUGACGGUGGACAAGGUGGCUCAUUGGAUGUCAGGCACAUACCUUGUAAAAGAAAGUCUCUUGAAGGACAUAUUGGUCAAUCUUCUAUGGGUGAAAGCUCUCAUUUUCUUGAAGUGGAAGAAACUAGUGCGCAGCAUGCCACUUCUGCUCACAGUAACAUGAGCCCUAACUCAACUAUGUCUCGUAUGUCAGAACAAGCAGAUCCACAACUAAGGUCAAGUGUGAGUCAUGUGACGGGAAUAGUUUCUCAUGGUCCUCCUUACACAAGUGUUUCAGAAAGUGCGGGAACCUCACAGAGAAGUUCCCGCCUGAGGAUCAAUUCUUCUAUGCACAACUAUCCAAACUCUUCCAUCAUACACCCUCUGGGAGGCGCUCUUAGCAACUCCAAUGACUCGUCUACCUCCCAGUCAUCAAGAUUUAUUUCAGUUGACCAUUCCUUGGACUUGCCUUUGGCACCUGCAUCUAGCAAUGUCAACGUCCAAGACCAGCCUGAUCUGCUUGAUCUGCCUUCUUUGCCAUACCCUGAACAAUCAAUUAGGUGGAGUAGAGGUUCUAUCACUAGACCUGGCACUUCUUCUAGUUCAGCUUUCUCUAGAAACAGAGAUGAUGAGCUGCAAGAAGCCAGCUUGGGCAGGUAUUCGAGAAAUAUUGGGAGACACCCUAUGUAUAUACCUGCUAGUGAAUUGAGAACUUUGGUUCAAGGACCAGUAUCUAGAGAUAUACCUGGCGGAAGUAGUGCAAUUCCAAGAAGUACGACCUAUAGUACUCAGGCUGGAUCAAGUACAUCUGUCCCUCAAUCAUCUCAACCUAACUCAGUGCCCCAUCGCAGUCGUCAUUCCCAGUACCCCCGAAGAUUGUCUGAAUACGUCCGCAGAUCGUUGUUAGCUUCCAUUGGGAGCGAGACGGAUCAUAGCGGUCAUUCUUCAGAUGUUUCAGGCCAUCCUGCUUUCUCACAAGAUGUCCUUUCAUCUGGGUCUCGUAACCAGGGUCAUCGUCGGUCAUUCCCCAGGUCAGCACCUUGGAUGGAAAGACAUGGUGACGCACUAGGAAUUCCGUAUUCCGUGCGAACUUUGGCUGCUGCAAGUGAAGGUCGUAGAAGGCUUGUGUCAGAGAUUCGGAGUGUAUUGGAUCAUAUGCGCCAGGGAGAGGGCUUACGUCUUGAGGAUGUUAUGAUUCUCGAUCAGUCAGUAUUCCUUGGGGUAGCUGAUAUUCAUGAUCGGCAUGGGGACAUGCGGCUUGAUGUCGAUAACAUGUCUUAUGAGGAAUUAUUGGCAUUGGAAGAGCGCAUCGGAAACGUCAGCACUGGACUGAACGAGGAAACCAUAUUAAGUCGCAUGAAGCAGCGCAAGUACACAAUUGUAGUUUGCAUGGAUGCGGAGGCCGAACCCUGUUGUAUCUGUCAGGAGUUGUACAACGAGGGAGAGGGUGUUGGGACUCUGGAAUGCGGGCAUGAUUUCCACACCGACUGCAUAAAGCAAUGGCUGAUGCACAAGAACUUGUGCCCCAUCUGUAAAACGACAGGCCUGACCACGUGAGACGCGGCUGUCAUUUUUCUGCUGAUGUCUUGAUGUCUGGCCAGAUGAGUGAAAGGUACUCACAGCAUCUAAGCAGUUCGCAGAAUCAUAUACCAAGUCAGUGCAUGCCUGCAUGGGCGUGAAGGAGCUGAAGAAGCGUAUAAAAGGUGCAUAUCCUUCGAAGCUAGCUAUCUAAUGCUUAGCACUAAGAUGGUGGCGUCUUUAAGGGGACCAGUGAAUCGUAUUAAGUCGUCGAAAAAUAAACUGCUGCGCGGCAUUUCGAAUGGAGGGCCUUGUUCAGCUGCGGCUAUAAAGGGUGUCGAGUCCAUCUGUACUGGAAAAAUGUAUAACUCCGUUUGCAUCGAAACGAAAUCAUGCAGACUCUUUCUCAUGCAUGUCCUAUUUUUUCUUCUUAAAAUUUAUGCAAAACAAGAUUCAUGUUUCUUCCA